AUGGCCAUGGCCAUGACGGUGACCAUGACGGAGGCAUCGGCCUUGGACCGGGGGUUGGUUGGUGCCAGCCAGCCGGGCCAGGUCGGGGCACGUGGGAUGGAAACCAUUGAUGCUACGGUAGGCAGGGGGGGGGGGGGGGUGGAUGGGAGAGAAAUGUCUCGUCGUAGCUGGUUGGAUGAGAUGGGAAUGAGGAAGUGGUUGGUGAGAGUUGAAGAAGAGGAGGAGGAUGAGGAGGAGGGUCCGGUCUCCACUGCCGGAUGCCCGCUUCCCUUCGCCCCGCACAGCGAGCUUCCCGACUUGGCAGGCCUGGGAGGUCAUCGGCCAAUGGGCGGCUUGGGCACGCGCAUGUGCCCGCGUCUCAUUUCGGGGCCCUUGAACGUUGUUUUUGGCCGAGUUGGAGUGAGUGAAAGUGAGAGUGAGAAUGAGGAUGAGAAUGAGAAGGAAAAGGAGAGUGGGUUGAUCCACGUGGGCAGCCUGGAAAUUUCUCAAUCAGAGUGA